AUGAGUGACUCCAAAAAAGCAGGCGAGAUUGCUGACUUUCCCCCAUUAAUUGUCGGUGGCGCUGUUUUCAAUACUCAGUAUUCGGAAGAUCCUACAAAGCUUCCAAUCACAGAUAUUAUCGUAUCUGCGUUUGAACAAGGAAUGAAUGCGUUAGAUACGUCGCCUUACUAUGGUAAAUCUGAAGAAUUGAUUGGCUCUGCUUUGGGAAAUAUCAAAGAGGAGUGGCCCCGUGAGUCCUACUUUAUUUGCACAAAGGCUGGGCGAAUUCAAUUGGACGAAUUUGAUUAUUCGAGAACUUGGGUUCGCCAAUCCGUGCUCCGCUCAUUGGAGAGACUCAAAACAACAUACUUGGACUUGGUGUACAUGCAUGAUAUUGAGUUUGUUCCUGAAGACCAAAUUUAUGAUGCUCUCCGUGAGUUGGCUCAGUUAAAGAAAGAAGGUGUGAUAAAUAACAUUGGUGUAUCAGGCUACCCCGUAAAAUUAUUAUUAGAUGUUUGCAUCCAAUGCAAAGGCUUAAAAGAUAUCGGCCCGUUGGAUGCUGUCUUGUCCUACUCCAAUGGAUGUAUCCAGAACACAAUUCUUUUCGACUUAUAUGAGCGGUUUAUUGUUGAUGGUGGAAUCAAAAAGCUCAUGAACGGGUCCAUUUUGAGCAUGUCGUUAUUGCGUUCAGGAGUCACCCAUUCAUUCCAUCCAGCGCCACAAGCGUUGAAAGACCGUGUGAACGAAAUCGCUCAACGUUUGUUAGAACAGGAUAUCGAGCUAGCAGACUUGGCCACUCGCUUUGCUUUGCACAGGUGGCUAUUCCUAACCAAAGAACAGACAGAAAAACAGUUGGAAUGGAAUAAGAAGACGUCGGUAGUGUUAGGUGUAUCUAACGUUGAGGAACUAAAUGUUGCACUCGAGGCAUUACGGCUGGUUGAAAAAGGGGUUUCAGAAGAAGAAGAAACAUUGUUCAAACGAGUGAUAUCUGAACUUGGACCUGACCACUACAAUGAAACCUGGUCAAGUGGUAGAUACUAA